GCGUAGGCCAGUCAGCUCUACUAUUGUAAAAGCCAUCCAGAACAAUAUCGAUCAAGCAAACUCAUCAUCGUCCAAUCUUUCGACUGUGGAGGGGAAUUAUUCGAAAGCAAUUUCCUUGAGAAUCUAACCCCGACUCGUCAUGUCUUCGAAAGGGAAAAAGAGCAUCGAUGGUCCCAAAUCUUCAAGUGAAGAGAUCACAAUAUCAUCCAUGAAGAAAGAGCUCGAGCUGGAACAAAAGGCGAAGGACACCAUGGAAUGGAGCAAUGCCGAACUUGAGCGUAGUGUUCGAGCCAUGGAGGCCAAUGUGAUGCAACUGGAAUCCGGUAAUUUUGAUGCUGACGAUUCGGAAAUCAAGCAGAAAUAUGAGAACCAAAGGCAGCUCAAUGUCCAACUGCAAGAGCAGAAGCGUUGGCUUGAGCAUGAAUUGGAACAAGUUCGACUGAAAAUUCAGAACGAGAAGCAAUAUCCGAUGCCGGAUCCAUUUUCCCUGGAUUGGGACAAUCUUUCGGAGACAGAGCUUAAACGCCUGGUGGGUCAAUUGGAGAAGACUCGCAACGAUUUGAAGUCUGAUUUGCGGGAAAGACAAUGGCGUCUGGAUAAGGAAGGCAAAGAGUAUCAUCAUUACGACGACUUUUGUCGAAUGUAUACGGCGGAAAUCAAGAACUUGAACCGAAUCUUGGAAUCUCUCAUGAGAACGGGGAUGGUACCCACAUCCAUGUCUUCUUUGAGUCCGACCAAUGAGUUUCAUCACUCGGGAUUUCUAGAUUCCGUUUCGUCCCAAUUCCAAGCCCCUAACAUCUCCGCCUUUGGAUCGACUAAUCCUUCAUCAUCUCAAGGUCUGGCCGGUUCCGUGAGAAGGCAGGGUUCGCUCUCGCCCAGCCGAUCCCGCCCAAACGGAACGAAUAUUCUGGCUGGUGUUCCAAGCAGCAAGAGCCUUCCGCGGAGGAACGGAUCAGUAAACCGAGCAGACGAUCAAACACGAGGACGAAAUGUGAGACCGUUGCCCAAGAUUGUGGGAAAAAGACCUUCGGAGAGAAUGCUGCCCCAGACAAAGGCUACAGGCACUGAAGGGAAAAAAUGAAACUGUUUUCUCUCUGUGGCAUCUUUACUUUUCUUACCUGUCUGGAAGUCUGGAAGAAAAGUCUUCCAGUCCAAACUUGGAAUGAGAGUGAAAUAUGGUAGAAUUGUUGAAUGAAUUAGGUUUUUAUUUGAAGAAUAUGAAGUGAUAUGGAUGAAUGAGUAAUGGAAUGUGGAAAAAGACAAUUUUGGCAUGUCGCAUACUAAAAGCAGCCGGAUGAAAACUUGGUGCGUUUGAAAUAUACGCUUUUGACCAAACAUG